CCGGAAGAGUCACUGAGUGAGCGAGCUUCGACAACCCACCUCCGACAAAUCAACCAGAAAUCCGUCAAAAUGGUCAAGAAGCGGGCGAACAACGGUCGUAACAAGAACGGCCGCGGCCACGUUAACCCCGUGCGUUGCUCCAACUGCGCUCGCUGCGUCCCCAAGGACAAGGCCAUCAAGCGUUUCACCAUCCGCAACAUGGUCGAGUCCGCCGCCAUCCGUGAUAUCUCCGAGGCCUCCGUCUUCGCCGAGUACUCCGUCCCCAAGAUGUACCUCAAGCUGCAGUACUGCGUCUCCUGCGCUAUUCACGGCAAGAUCGUUCGUGUCCGUUCCCGCGAAGGCCGCCGCAACCGUGCUCCCCCUCCCCGCAUCCGCUACAACAAGGACGGCAAGAAGCUGCAACCCACCCAGGCCGCUAAGGCUCUGUAAAGGAGAGGAACGUGAUACAACGAACAAAAUAAAAUGGAACUAGUCUGAAAUGAAAUC